GACCUCUGGCAUGUUGAAAGCUUUCAAAAUAUGUCUGUAAUCCCCGCCCAAGGCCACACCGACUCCACAGAUAGAACAAGGAGCGCAGACUCACCGGGAAUGACGCUAAUCUCAAUCACUGAUUGGACAAAUGUCCCAAAUGAAUGGAGCGAGGGCAGUUCCGGGAUUCCAACAUUGGCCUAGCAUACUAGCAAUUAGCCUCGGGACCGAAACGCACUCUUAAGUACUUGAAAACAUCAGCCCUGGACGUCAGGAGGUGCCCUCCGAUUGGCCUAAUAGACAACGACGGUGUGUGACAGAACACUUGAGUGUGUGCGAAGAAAUAAAGCGGGCGAGAAAGAAGAGGACCUGCAGUUGUCUGAGUGGCUUAUUCUUAUUUCUGCAGGGCUCCAUUUUAAAGGGAUCAUGGGAAUAGAGGCAUGUUUACGGCGAAACCAUGGCGACACAGAUUUAGGCUGUUUGGGAUGAAUUGAUUUGACCUGCAUUGUCACAGACUGAACAAAACCGCUAGAUAACAGCUAAUUGGUCCAGUUGACCCAACAAGACUGAUCUCACCAUUCUUUCAUAUUGACGGAGUACUGAAAUAGUGGAUACAACAUUUUAAAUAGCUUUUGUGUACAAGUUUUAAUGUUUGAAAAAGCUGCAAGUGGAUUUUUGCUGGGCAGCUUUAAGACUGGCUUAAAGUUUAGAUUUUUGUUUGUCUCAACCGCUGCUGCCUCCGCAGGAUAUAGAGCCUUGAACUCUCCCCUUUGCAAGCAUUCUGUCGCACUUUUCGCUAUCUCACAAACACACAUUUCAGUGCCUAGAUGCACCUUUUCUAAGACCAGAGUUCAGUCGAUGGUCACUGCUCUGCUAGAGAACCCUGUUCUGCUGUUUCAUAGGAUGUCCUGUUACUACCUCCUCAUUUCUGCCCCACAUUUCCCUUACCAGAAUUUGUAAAUGGACAACUGUUAACACUCAAGCACUGAGUAAUAGCUGAGGAGUAAUAGCUGAGGCGUUAUAGCAAGUUAGUGUUCAAUGCCUGUGGAGGGUUGGUUUGUUGUCUCACCAGGUCAGAAAGUGGUUGUUCAAGCAGUUCGUUGUGUGGGUCUUUGUUGCGCUACACAGGAGAGAUUUUGUUGAUUUAUUUAUAUUGUUGAACCAAAUAAGGUUACAUGAAGCCAUAUAAAAAUAUUUCUAAGAGUCACAAUUAUUUUUGUAUCAUAGUGUAACGUUUUUAAGAUGUGUAAAAGUUAUAUAGUCUAAUAUAUACCUGCAAAGUUCUACACACAUGUAAACAAAGGUGUAGACUUUACUAUAAAAUCAUUAUUUUAGUUUUUAAGUGGUUUUAUUGGCUGAAGUGCAAAUAUCUGGCUAGCUUUCUCUAAGAUGUUUCUCCCAAACGGCUGCUUUGUGUAAUAUUACAAGUGCUGGUCCCUAAGAUCCUUCCCUUCUAUCAUCAUGCUCCCUUGUCCCAUACGGACACCGAGGUGUUCUCUCUGACCCGUCCACCACCCUUCUCUUUAGAUAUACCCCUUCUACCUCUCUCUUUCUCUCUCCCUCUGAUGCCGGGCUUUAGUAGUGGGGGGCUAGGGGGAGAAGUGGGUGGCCCCGCCUCUUCUUCUCCCCGUCGGUUCCACCCCAGCCGCUAUGUACCCGUCUCCGCGGCAACCACCUUUCUGGUCGCCUCCACCACACUCUUCUUCUGCUUCACGUGUCCGUGGUUGUCAGAGCAUGUCUCCUCCGUCGUUCCCAUCUAUAACGCUGUGGUCUUCCUCUUCACCCUCGCCAACUUCUGCAUGGCCACCUUUAUGGACCCAGGGGUCUUUCCCAGAGCGGAAGAGGAUGAGGAUAAAGAGGAUGAUUUCCGCGCUCCGCUCUAUAAGACAGUGGAUAUCAAGGGCAUUCAGGUCCGGAUGAAGUGGUGUUCCAGCUGCCGCUUCUAUAGACCGCCCCGCUGUUCACACUGCUCUGUGUGUGACAACUGUGUGGAGGACUUUGACCACCACUGCCCAUGGGUCAACAACUGUAUUGGGCGCAGGAACUACCGUCACUUUUUCCUGUUCCUGUUGUCCCUGACGAUCCACAUCAUGGGUGUGUUCGGCUUCGGCCUGCUCUACAUCCUCCACCACCAGCACCAGCUGGACAGGGUUCACUCCGCUGUCACUAUGGCUACAAUGUGUGUUGCUGGCCUCUUCUUCAUCCCAGUAGCAGGUCUUACUGGUUUUCACAUGGUACUGGUAGCUCGGGGUAGGACCACUAACGAGCAGGUCACAGGGAAGUUUAGGGGUGGCGUUAACCCUUUCACCAAUGGCUGUCUGAGGAACAUCUCACACGUGCUCUGUAGCGCUCAGGCUCCCAGGUAUGUGGGGCGGUGGCGGGGCAAACAGACAGCGGAGGUGCAGCCUCCCUUCCUCCGCCCUCCUCUCUCCGAGGCCCAGCUAGAAGCCAAAGUCCUGGACAACGGCAUCCAGAACGACUGCCACAGCACCAGGUCUAAGAGCAGUUUAGAGCAGAUGGAGAGCCAGUCAGCUGAUGCAGAGCCUCCACCUCCUCCCAAACCGGAGCUCCGCUAUCCUGGUCUGCCCCGCGCUGACACCGAGGAGAGCAGCUUGCUGUCUGACGGGCCGCCCACUCCAUCUAUGUACAAGUACCGGCCGGCCUAUAGCAGCCCACAGAUGAACCACACAGCUCUGACACACCCAAACAAGUCGAGUUGCCAGCCCAGCUAUCGGUCUGAGCCCAGCACCCUUGAUGGGGGGAAAGGGGCGAGGGCCCCGGGGAACCAGCGGGACGGGUGGUGGCGUCUCGGGGGCAUCUCCGGGUACUCCCUAGGGGGGCGGUCGUACACUUCCUACCCCUCAUCUCUUGUCUUGUCCACCGGUGGCUCCCUGUCCUCCAGCAUGCGCUCUGCCCACACGCACCACAAUACUCUGGGCACGCUCCAAUCAGAGGGCACCACCGACACCAGCUACAAGAGCCUGGCCAAUCAGACACCUCGGAAUGGCAGCCUGUCCUACGACAGCCUGCUGACACCGUCCGAGAGCCCAGAGUUUGAAUCGGCUGCUCAUGAGCUGUCCCCCCAGAAGCCCCACACCCCCGCAGCGUUUCCCCCGGUGACGACCUUCUCCUUGCCGGCCCCCGGGGUCGGGGAUGCGCCCCUGCAGGGGUACACCUCGCCCUUCCUCUCUGCACAGAUGGCCCAGCAGAGAGAGGGCCAGCUGCUCCAGGGCUCUGCCUCUUUCUCCUCCCCCCACAGGGCGUACCUUCGCGCCAUCAGCCCGCCCCUGCCGACUCCUCCCCCACACACUGCCCACCCCGAGACACCGCACCUCCUCCAGCAGGACACCAGACACCCACACCUCCGUGCCUCCUCCUCUCGCCCCCUUCCUCCAGUCUCUGAACAGCCCUCUCCGUCCUCCCCCCGUGCCUGUUCCCCUGACCCCCCUGUGUCCCCCCCGCCCCGAGGCCCCUCCCUGGGGCAGUCUCUCUCCUACACCCGAGAGGCAGGGCUCCAGCACAAGGCUCGGCCAAUGGGAGGAGGUGGUUUGUCGGGAGGGGGCGGAAUCGGAGGGACCCAGGCUCCACAAUCCACAUCUCGCCCAGGCUUGGCCAAUCACAGUACAUCUAAACCAGGGGGCGGGGUGAAAAAGGUGACUGGCGUCGGAGGGACAACCUAUGAGAUAUCGGUUUGAGUGACAGACGUCUGCCCCGGCCAAUGAUAGAAAGAAGAUUGUUCCACUGGACAGAUUCCAAUUUUCUUACUCUGAGGGGCUUCAAGAUGGAUGUUCACUAAAAUGCACCCACACAAUGGUCAAUAUGGAGUCGGAUAGUGGAAUAGAGGUGUGUUGGCUCACUGGUAUUUCAAUUACCUUCCUAUCCUUAUAGUGCAACUGGCCAUCUUUAUCUGCCAAUCUUUCAUAUUGGAUGUUGAUCAGUGUUGGAAUGGGACAACCUUACCUCGGCCUCUCUGUGAGCCAUAGACUGUAUAACAUAAAUGCUAUUAUGACUGCUGGGUACUAAACUCUCUCUAUAACACUUAUAUAAAAAAUAUGAUUUGUUUUGGUACAUUAACACAUGGAGAAUUUAUGCGAUAAAAUAUAAUCCUGGAAGGAAGUAAGGCUUUUUAACCAAUCAGUAUGGUGCCUGAGGGAGCAUAUGGACUGGUGACCAAUCGUGGCACUCUGUGGUUCAAGACUUCCUGCUCCAUCAUACAGAUGGAUCAAUCACAAUGGAUCCCCACUCCACAGUAGUCAUUAAUUAGUUAGUCUGCAGUGAUGAUGCCUCAACCACUAUAAUUUAAUUUUAGUUUUCUAAAAAACCAAAGCUUUAUUUGUUUUAUAUACAUGUCUAAAACAAUCUUUAAGAAUUAUUGGGUCAGAUGAUGAAGAUAUAAUUUAUUUUGCUUUGUGACAAACUGUUAAUGUGAGUUAGUUAGACUGGUCGCUUGUUUUGAUUGAAGGCUGCUUCAGCCUGUCAUAGAUCUCGAUGGAAUAUUCAUCCAAUGUGAUGAUCCUCUCUGACGGACAGCUGAAGUGACAUCACUGAGGAUGUUGAAAGCCACAAAGAAAAUAGAAAUUCUGAAUCAUAAAUACAGCACAAGCCUCUUUGUGGAAUGUACACUCAAUGUUUUUUAUUGAUACAUUAUUCAAAUUCUCUGUUUGUAGUUUUAAAUGAUUGUCCUUUUGAUGUUCGCAAUGUUUUCUGUCAAUCGAAUGCUAGAAAAACCUUAUAAAGAUGUCUAGCCAAAUGGGUUUAUGGUGGGAGGGGCUUAUUUAUUUGAGCACACAGGGAAACCAUUGCGCUCUUAACACAAUUCCAAACCGAUCUCUACGUCCUGGAGUUGGAUGAAGUUGCCCCUAGACAAUGGGGCUUUUUGACCCUAAUGGUUAGGACUAGGGGAUGUUAAGAUUAUCCUAGAUCUGUUCUCAGAAGGGUCAUUUAUAACCCAGAGCCCACAUCGCUGUCAUAGUGCCUUGUCCUUAAAUUCUAAUGUACUUGGACAAUUCCAAGAAAUCAAAUUCUGGGGGGUGGUUUAUUUAUAGAUGGUAUAAUUAUAGAUAUUCUAUAGUAAUGUCUUAUUGUUAAUAGAAAUAUAUAUGAUGUGUCUUGGGAGGGGGUUGAAAUUGAGGACUGUUUUGAUUGUUUUUUUUGCCUUGAUACCAUUUGUAGUAAAACUAAGCAUUUUGUUUUUUACAGUAUUUCCUAUGACUACAGCCAGAUAACAAUGUUAUAUUUUAGUUUGUUUUGUAGAUAUUCUGGCCUCUUGAUUUCUUUAUUUUGAAUCUCUAUAUGGUACAAUUUAACAUUUUGGCCACAAAUACAUUUAGGAAGGCAUGGUCAGAUACACAGAGGUGUGUGUGGGUGAGAGGUGGUGUUAUGUUUAAUCCAAAACUAUGAGAGUUGGAAUGUCAAAGCUAGCUGAAUAUAACACAUGUUAUGUUCUGAAGCACACAAAGUAGACUAUCCCACCAACCAAUCAAACAGCAGCAUGGCCAGUCAGUGUGUGUGCGUCCCCCUCGUUUAGGUGUGUGUGUGUGUGUGUGUGUGUGUGUGAGAGAGAGAAUAUCCUUGCCAAAUGCACACCCGGUUGAUAUGUAUGAUGACAAUAGUUAAGCAUCAUAAUGGCACAAAAAGUCAGACAUACAGGACUGGAGAAAGUCUGACUUACUUUGGUGGUGAAGAAGUGAAUAUACAUGAGUAAAUUAGAAUACUAUUGUUGUAAGCUGUGCUGAAUGGAAAGAGUGUCACAAAUUACUUCAAUGAUGAAUAUGAAAAAGACAGUUCCAAAAUGGCCUUAUGAUGUGGUUUUUAAAGAUGUCUUCUCAGAUUAAAAGGUUGCCCUGAUGGAGAAA